AAAACUGUCUAAACAAAGAGCAAAGAUGCAAAGCACUUCGAAUUACCUUUGGCUGUUGUCUGACGUUCUAGGACAGGGAGCUACUGCAAAUGUUUUCCGAGGACGACAUAAGAAAACUGGGGAUUUAUAUGCUGUCAAAGUAUUUAACAGUAUAAGUUUCCUUCGUCCUGUGGAUGUUCAGAUGCGAGAGUUUGAAGUAUUGAAGAAAUUAAAUCAUAAGAACAUUGUCAAAUUGUUUGCCAUUGAAGAAGAGACAACAACUAGACACAAAGUACUAGUUAUGGAAUUUUGUCCAUGUGGGAGUUUAUAUACAGUUUUAGAGGAACCAUCUAAUGCCUUUGGUUUGCCAGAGUCUGAGUUCUUAAUUGUUUUGAGAGAUGUGGUGGCUGGGAUGAAUCAUCUCCGGGAGAAUGGAAUAGUGCACCGUGACAUCAAACCAGGCAAUAUAAUGCGUGUUAUUGGUGAAGAUGGUCAGUCUGUUUACAAACUUACAGACUUUGGUGCUGCAAGAGAACUUGAAGAUGAUGAACAAUUUGUUUCUCUCUAUGGCACAGAAGAAUAUUUACAUCCUGAUAUGUAUGAGAGAGCAGUUUUGAGGAAAGAGCAUCAGAAAAAGUAUGGAGCAACAGUUGAUCUAUGGAGCAUAGGGGUGACCUUUUACCAUGCUGCAACAGGGAGUUUGCCUUUCCGACCUUUUGAGGGACCUCGUAGAAACAAGGAAGUGAUGUAUAAAAUAAUCACUGGAAAGCCUUCUGGUGCUAUUUCUGGAAUACAGAAAGCAGAAAAUGGACCAAUUGAAUGGAGUUGGGAUAUGCCUGUUUCUUGUAGUCUUUCAAAGGGUCUGCAAGUACUGCUCACGCCUGUCCUUGCCAAUAUUCUUGAAGCAGACCAGGAAAAAUGCUGGGGAUUUGACCAGUUCUUUGCAGAGACGAGUGACAUACUGCACCGAAUAACAAUCCACAUCUUUUCACUACAGCAGAUGACCUUGCACAAAGUUUAUAUUCACGGCUAUAAUACAGCUGCUAUAUUUCAUGAGUUGGUCUACAAACAGACAAAAAUACCAUCUCAGAAUCAAGAACUACUAUAUGAAGGUCGGCGUUUAAUACUAGAGCCUGGCAGAUUGGCACAGCACUUCCCCAGAACUACUGAGGAGAAUCCUAUCUUUGUAGUAAGCAGGGAGGCUGUGAACAUUGUCGGAUUAGUCUAUGAAGAAGUUUUACUUCCUAAAGUACAUCAACGUUAUGAUUUGGAUGGGGAUGCUAGUAUGGCUAAAGCGGUAACAGGUAUCGUGUGUUAUGCCUGUAGGGUUGCCAGUUCUUUGCUACUUUACCAGGAGCUGAUGCGAAAAGGAAUACGAUGGCUAAUUGAAAUAAUCAAGGAUGAUUACAAUGAAAUGGUUCAUAAAAAGACAGAGGUUGUCAUCAGGCUGGAUUUCUGCAGCAGAAAUGUUGAAAAAGCUGAGAAAAUAUAUGAGAAUUUGAUGCAGAUCAACUUGGAAGCAUCAGAAGUAGAUGAAAUUUCAGAGAUACACACAAAACUGUUACGUCUCUCCAGCUCUCGGGGCACAAUAGAAACUAGUCUUCAAGAUAUCAAAAACAAACUUUCUCCUGGUGGUUUACUGGCUGACACCUGGGCAAAUCAGGAAGGCAUGCAUCCAAAAGACAGAAAUCCAGAAAGGCUGCAGGCGCUGCUUUGUUCCAUCACAGAUAUUUAUUAUCAGUUCAAAAAAGAUAAAGCAGAACGAAGACUUCCUUAUAAUGAAGAACAAAUUCACAAGUUUGACAAGCAGAAACUGUAUUUGCAUGCUACAAAAGCCAUAGCUCUAUUCAAAGAUGAAUGUGUCAGCAAGUAUGAUACAUUUUUGGACAAGGCUGAGGACUGGACAAGGAAAAUGCUUCACACAAGGAAGCAGUUACUGGCUCUCACCAACCAGUGUUUUGAUAUUGAAGAAGAGGUAUCCAAAUACCAGGAUUAUAUAAAUGAGUUACAAGAUGCUCUGCCACAGAAAAUGUUUGCAGCUUCCAGUGGGGUGAAACAUACAAUGAAUACGGUCUAUCCAAGCUCAAACACAUUAGUGGAAAUGACUCUUGGUAUGAAGAAACUAAAGGAGGAAAUGGAAGGGGUUGUUAAAGAGCUGGCUGAGAACAAUCACAUUUUGGAAAGAUUUGGUGCUUUGACUAUGGAUGGUGGCCUGCGGAACGUGGACUGUAUCUAGCUUUCAAAAGACCUGAAGAGGACUUGUAAAUUUUUUUCAAAGGGGAAAAAAAAAAAGCCUGUUGGGACAUUUAAGGCAGAUAAUAAAUCUGUAUCCAUUUUUUUUUUUCCCUUGACAACUGUAGUAUUAAAAAUUGUAAAUAUGUAUAAUAUGUAAAUAUAAAAGAAAUAUAUAUCUUUUUUGGUCAAUGUUAGGCUAGAAUUAUUAUUGGCAGGGAAUUUAGCCCCUUGGAGGAUCUCUGAUGAAGUCCUAAAGGCAAGUGUGUUGUUGAUGAAAUUGGCAUU